CUUAUUUUAGUGAAUCAAGCGCCGGUGAUGAAGACGGUUGUGUUCAUUCACCUUGGUCCGGAACGUGUUAAAAUGUUUCGAAUACUGUGUGUUCUCGCGUGUUUUAAUUUAGUUCUAAGUGAUCCUCUAAACACCUACUGCUGUUUGGAAGAAGAUGGUAUUUUAGACGAAAAUGAAGCAUUCUGUGUAAAUCCAGUCAAUGAGAGUAAAAAGGCUAUACGGUUGAAUUGUAACAAAACCGUAAGAUUAUUUGAAGCGGAUUACAACUUUACAGUGAACAAUGAUGAAUCGGCUACCUUAUUGAUUGAAGAUCAAUCUUUCAUACAAGACGCGGGAACAUUUUGUGCCGCAAAUGAAACUACAAAUAGCACGUUAAAAUUGUUAUUAUUCUGUGAAGUAGAGGAAGAUACGACGACGGACUUAGUAUUGAGUUACUGCAUGAUAGUUUCGGCAAUUUUUCUUGCCUUGACCGCUAUAAUUUACUGCGCAUUACCGAUCCUAAGAGACCUACAAGGCAAAAGCAUAAUUUGUUUCUGCGUGAGCUUAUCGCUGGGACUAAGUAUUUUGGGUAUAAUGAAACUCACUGAAUAUUCCGAUAUGAAUUUAUGCGCAGCUCGAGGAUUCCUGAUCUAUUACUUUAUGGUAUCAAGUUUCUUCUGGAUGAAUUCUAUCUCGAUACAGAUUCUAUUUCGAAUCAAACGUCCAUCAGUGCCCGACUAUGGCUGGCGCACCUUUUCCUGGUACGCUCUUUACGCGUUUGGCACACCCGCGCUUAUCACAAUAGCUAUGGCCAUUGUCAACUUCCAUCCUGGAAAACAUCAAAAACCAGGCAUCGGUCUCAACACUUGCUGGUUUUACGAUAAAAGGCAACAAUGGUACUACAUGUAUAGUGUACUAUCAAUUCUCAUGGUACUAAAUAUAGGUAUAUUUUGCUACUUGUCAUUUUACUUGUGGAGAAACACGUUCUUAUCAACACACGUCAAGGAACUGCGUUAUAAGUUCAGAAUGACAUUAAAGAUGUUUAUUAUAAUGGGUCUGCCCUGGAUAUUUGAAAUGAUUAGUUCUUUCUUCGAAGCACAUAUAAUUUGGACACUCUUGGACAUAUUUAACCUCACCCAAGGCGUCUUAAUAUUCAUCGUACUAGUCGUGCUACGAAAGCGCGUAUUAAAGGCACUAUACAAAAGAGGCUGCCUGGAUUGUGUUUCCGGUUUAGUUGAGCGAUACCUGGCGAUCGCAGAAGACGCCGAAGAAGUUGUACAACACACCAUUGACGUGCCUUUAGACGAUAAAAAACAUUACAAUAUUUGAAGAAAUUUUGCUUGAAAGGCUUUGUGUCUGUUAAGAUACUAUACGUGGCCGGACCACGAAUUCACUUACCAGGCCGGACAGUUUUAACACGGUUACGUUAUAAACUGUAUACUUAAAAACUUACAACUAAUAUUCGUAAAUGUAUUUAGAUAAGAUUUGUUUAUAUUCAAUCAAUGGAAGCUAUAAAUAAUAUUAAUUAAACUUAAAAUAUUGCAAAUAUUGCAUUUAAAAACGAGCAAUUUGGUUAGAUCAAAUCAUUUUCAUUUAAUUGAAUGUUGUAUUUUAAUGCACAAGCAUGCUUAUCUAUUCAUACAAAUAAGCCUACACUGGUAAACAUACGUUCUUCUCUUUCUGUCCAAUUGUAAUGCGCUAUGCUGCAAGGAGAUAUUCGGGUGAAAUUGAAUAAAGAUUAGCGUUCGUUUGAUUGCGAUUACGGAUCGUGUCGCGUCUGUAAUAAGAGAUGCUGUUGAUAAAAAAAAUUGUCAAUCGUUUUAUAUCACCAAGGACACGAAACUGUUCAAAGGUUACAAUUGUGUUUCAAACUGAUUUCAAUUAUCUUUAUAUAACAGUAGCUGAUUUGGCCUAGACUUCAGCGUGCGACUAUCCCUGAAAUCUUACCC